AUUCUGAUAUUUAUCAAACUGUAACGCGUCAUUAACCUCCACUGUCAAAUUCAUACGUCGUCAACAUGUUUCAAAUUACAAAUUGACAGGUUAAUAUAAUUUCAUAUUGAGUAAGGAAGGUCCAUCCGUGCUGUCGUUUAGCUGCUGUGUGAUGUAUAAACCUUAACGUUAGUUGCCGCAACGGGGGUGAUUAUGUGGCAGCUAGCCUGCGUUAGCGAGUUGCUAAUUUCGUUUCUAGACGUCCAUGCUAGCUAAGUAUGAAUUCAGUGAGGCAGUGACAGCGGCAGGUGCUGAUAACAGCCUAUUCCAACCACCAACCAACUAGCAAGUCUGGCCUUUGUGUACCUGCUUCUCAGGUAAGAGGCAGGGGGCAGUGCCACCCACGAGGUAGGAGGGAUGCCUGUGGAGGGCGGAAGCAGUGGCAGCUCUGCUUCGGCUGCCCGUCACCCCAAGCAGAAGCGCAAGGCUCACAGUUUGUCUAUCCGGCGCACCAACAGCACAGAGGAGAGGCCACCUGGCAUCCAAAGAGGAGACAUGCUGGAGGGACAGGACUCCAAGCUGCCACUCUCCUUACGGAACAAUCUUCUUGACCUUUUUGGCCAGAUUGAGCGAGAGUUUGAGAAUCUCUACAUUGAAAACCUUGAAUUACGCCGAGAAAUUGACUCUCUGAAUGAGCGUCUAACCGGAGAUGGACAGACUAUUGAGGGGGGAGACCCCACCAAGGGAGCUCUGAAAACAAAAGCCAGCCACAGCACCAGUCAACUGUCACAGAAGCUGAAAACGACCUACAAAGCCUCUACCAGCAAGAUUGUGUCCAGUUUUAAAGCCACCACAGGGUCCCGGGCUUUGUGCCAGCUGCUCAAGGAGUAUGUGGGCCACCGGGACGGCAUCUGGGACCUCAGCAUCACCCGAACUCAGCCAGUGGUCCUGGGAACCGCCUCUGCAGAUCACUCCGCUCUGCUGUGGAGCAUAGAGACUGGCAAAUGUCUGCUGAGGUAUGCUGGCCAUGCAGGAUCAGUUAACUCCAUCAAGUUCCACCCGACAGAGCAGAUGGCCCUCACUGCCUCUGGAGACCAGACAGCACACAUCUGGCGCUACAUGGUGCAGCUUCCUGUCCCCCAGCCACCACCAGAUGUCAGUGCUCUAUGUGACGACGACCAGGACUCAUCAGACAGAGAAGAAGGUGAGGUGGAUGGUGAAGGCCCUGGCGAGGUCCCCACCGUCCGGGUCCCUACAGGAACCCUGAAGAGCCACCAGGGUGUAGUGAUCGCAGCUGAUUGGUUGGUGGGAGGCCGACAAGUGGUGACAGCUUCCUGGGAUCGUGCUGCCAACCUGUAUGAGGUGGAGACGUCUGAACUGGUUCACACACUCACUGGACAUGACCAGGAGCUGACCCACUGCUGUACCCACCCUACCCAGCGUCUGGUGGUCACUUCAUCCAGAGACACCACCUUCCGACUGUGGGACUUCAGAGACCCGUCCAUCCACUCUGUCAACGUCUUCCAGGGACACACUGACACGGUGACGUCAGCAGUGUUCACGGUGGGUGACAAUGUGGUUUCAGGGAGUGACGACCGCACCGUCAAGGUGUGGGAUUUGAAGAACAUGAGGUCGCCUAUAGCAACCAUCCGCACUGACUCAGCUGUAAACAGGAUAAGCGUCUCUGCCAACCAGAAGAUCAUCGCUCUGCCACACGACAAUCGACAAGUCCGACUGUUUGAUAUGAGUGGAGUGAGGCUGGCCAGACUUCCACGCAGCAACAGAAUGGGUCACAGGCGAAUGGUGUGUUGUACGGCGUGGAAUGAAGAGAACCAGUCGUGCAACCUGUUCACCUGCGGCUUCGACCGACAGGCCAUCGGCUGGAACAUCAACAUCCCGGCCCUGCUGCAGGAGAAGUGACGCCACUGACAUGCACACACAGCAGAAACACACUGUAACGUAGGAGACGGUACACAUAAACACUGCAAUCUGUGUCCUCGCACAUGCUAAAAUGUUUGAAGUGUUCAGCAUUUUAGUUGUCAUGUAUUUCACUGAUUUCCAGCUGCUGGAAUGUGUGAAAAACAUUGUUCAUUAUUACAAUUAGUGCUGCAGCUAUUAACAUUAAUUAGCAAGAGCAUAUUCCCCAGAUGUAUGUAACUCUGUCAUUUGUUGUGUACACCCACAGCUGAAACCUUGAAACAUCUCCUGCUGUUAAGUGAGCCGACACGGCUCCAACAUUUUUAAAGUGUAUAGUGUGUACGAGGCCACAGAGCUGAUCUCCUGUGUUUCACCCUUUCAGUUAGCAUGCAUUGUGAAUUGUGACGUGGCUAGGCUGAUCGUGUCAUUCCCAGCCUUUUCUGUUUUUAAAGUUUUAAAGUAAUAUGUGUGACUCCUCAGUCAUAGGCUGCUCUUCACAUCACUGUUGUUUAGUUACUGCCGAACGGUUGCUCUUGCAUGUCGAUAAACCCGGUGUGCGAAUGUUACUUGUAAAGGUGUGAGAGAACAAAUAGAAGGCCAGGAGAGUUUGUAGUAUAGGAUAUAAAUAGGUUAUGUAUAUAUAAUGUUGUGGCCUAAAUAAGUGACCUGUGUUGCAGGUUGUUGCUUGUUCAUGGAUUAAGUGUCUUACAGAUUAAGUGUCUUGCGGAGAUAAUGUGGUUCUGUGAAAUGUUUUUUAUUCUUUUAGUCUACUUAUAGAGAUAUAAUAUUUCUCAUCAUGGAACAAAACAUAUCAUAUUGAGGCCUGCCAGAUUACCUGUGCAGCAUGCAGGCUGCUGGGUCAUUCAGUUGUCUUUCAAAUGUUUCAAACAGGAUCUGCUGCAGGUUUGCGUCUUUGCCUAUUACAUUACAUUUUGAUGCUUUCGGUUCACGGCCAGCGUCCACAGUUCCACAUUUUGUUGUCAACAUGUCAAACUUAUGAUACUGUAACUCUGCCUUGUUCCAUGUUUACAGAAGGCUUUUCAUUUUAAAAAGUAUUGCUCUGUUCUGCCUCUCUAUCAAGAGAAUAGCAAUAAUGGGAAAAUGACAGCACUUCUGUUGUUAACAAUGCAACGUGUCCACAUUAUCAUAAUCUAGUAUUUCCUAUAUGUUGCAGGUUUAGGUGUCACUACUUUUUGCCAUAAUAUGCACCCAUAUUUUCUUGGUGUCAGUGAAAUUCAGACCCAUCCUCUUCACCCUGUUGCUAACUCAGAACCCUGCGUUGCUGUACUGUGUCGUCCCUAAGUGAACUUGUUGGUUACUGGUCAUUUCUGUGCUUCAGUAACAGCCUGUCAAUAUGAAGUUAUAGUGUUUACACUUUGCAUUGAACCUUAGCCUUGUACUGUAUGACCUCUUGCACCUUUUUGUUGUAGAUGGCGCUUUUCAGUCUCUGAAAGGCAAUCUUUAUCCAAAUACAGAAGCAAUAACCCAGCUCCUCUAUGCUUCCUGUGAAGCCGAUUUCUGUCUCGGAAAUCAGUGAACAUGGCUUGAAGUACACACUGAAUCUCAGUUUGAGAAUUAUAACUAGAAUUGGGCUUGACCUGAAUCCAGGACACUCUAUUUGUUACACUUGUGCAAUAUCCUGAACAUGAAGUCAGGCUGUAGUUUUUGAUCUUCAGAUGUUUUAACUUAUUUCAGUGCUGUAAAUCCCAUAAAAUGAUUUUACUUGUGUGACUGGUGUAGAUGUAGCUCAGUGUACAUAGGUAUGCAUUACUUACCCAAACAUUGGCCUCAGAAUACACACUUUACUGCUCUUUCCGCCAACAAUAGAGUCGAGAUGGAUUUAGAAGUAGCGUGAGCCUAAAAAUAUAAAAAACCUAUUGAAAUGCCUUACCAUUGCAUUUAAAAUGGUGCAUUAGCCGUAUCCAUCUGAGCAUCAGUGCACUUUUCCAAAUGCUUGUUAAAUAACUAAUUGUGUUCCACUGCACAGUGCAGAUAGGAUUUUUAUUCCUGUUUCACUCAGGGAACUCAAUCUCACGCCCACUGAUAUCAAUGUCACUUUGAUCUGCAGGUAGAAAGGCAAGUCCGAUUUGCGCCCCACAUAUGAAUUCUAACUCGGAGGAAAUAUGAUUUUGGAUUGAUACAUUAAAUUAUUGCGUGCCAGAUUGGAGGGGUAAAAAAAGUGGACAGGCUUCACUUCAUUGUUGCAAAUCAUAUUCACUUCAAACUUCGUUAUGUGAUCUACUUUGCAUACUUUAUUGUGACGGGUACGUGCUCGCUGACACUUUCCAAUAAAAAUGUGUGAUUUCCUU